AAAUAAACGUGAAAGAACUUCUGUGCAAUGACAGACAAUAAAUUAAACAGAAUCUACUUGAGAAGACAGGCACAACGGGUAGAAUCGUACAAAUCACUCGUUACCAAACCUAGAUUCUCCUGGAAAAAGUACACCUUCUCAGGAAAUCAAAACUCUUACCCACAAGCUUCAAGAAGUGAAUCAUACGAGUCAUCAAAAGAGACCGAGAAUGACCUGACCAGUAAACAUAGGUGUAACAACAUUCAAUCACCUACCAUCUCUAAUCCCAGUUCUUCAGACAGUUCAGAGGAUUUGCAGGUGAAUACCGGUAUAUUUUCAACUGCUAAAGAUGAGAGAAAAAUGGAUAUCGAUGUGUCAUCAGUAAUGACACGAUCAGCGACUCGUAAAUUUGCUUCUGUGGGAUCAAUCCACAAUCGAGUAAAUAUAGAUGAAGAACUUGAGGUUAAGAAAAGAUGGCCUAGUCACAUUUCAUAUCCAACUCCCAAACCACCAGACAAUAUGAAUCAGUUGAGAGAUGUAGUAACCAAAUCCUUUAAUGACGUUUUGAUGUUUUGUAAAACAGCUGUAGCUGAAUCCCAAUUUGAACCAAUUGAAGAAUCAAUUUCUUGCCAAGAGAACAUUAUUGACCUCUCACCAUACAUCACUCAAGAAUCGGUUCAAGAAAAUGGUAGUGAAGAUCAAAUAGCCUUCCACCUAAAUGAAGAUUAUAUUACUCAAGUGAAUGUAAUAGCUUUAGAUGAAGAUCAAGAGGGCACUUUAGUGAUCCACGAUGACGGAGAUGAAGAAUAUGAAACAAUCACUUUACAUUCAGGGGGAACCUAUUUAAUUGACAAUGAUAACUAUUUAAACACAUGUGGGUCUGACUUUGGUCUCGUCCAAACUUGUUCCACCAAUAGUUUUUUAAACAAUGCACAGAAAAACGUUGAAAAUGAUCACACUUAUGCUGCUAAACCUAGUAAAACAUUCGUUACUAGUGAUGUCUUUGAAUCCAAAUCAAGAAUGCCAUCUGAAAGCAAUGAAGGACACGAGCUUGAUCUUACUAAGUCUUUAAAUGAUUUGUUACUCAAUACAGCUAUUUUAAAGUGUUUGAUUUGUAAUGAAACUCCCCAGGAAAUGAUUUGCCAACUGCAUGAAGCUCAGGUUAAUUGAUUACCCGUUAAGUGGUUUUAGCAGAAACAAAUGUGUUAGUACAUAACUACAUAGUAAUAACUAUUACUAAGUGCGUAGUUAAAUUAAUAUUUUGUGAUUAUUAUUUUUUUUUACUAAGAAGAAAACUAAAUAAUGCACACAUAGGCUAGUGUUUUUGGUCCAAUAUUAAGGGUCAUAUACAUGUACUGAUUGUACCACUAGUAUUUCAAAUGAACUAAUGUUAUGCAUGU